GCCCUCCCUUCCCACGCCCCAGUGCGCUGUGGGAUAGUGCCUCUAUAAAGUAUACCCUCUCUCGGAGCACGAUAAGAAGCCCGAGACAGGAGGGGGAUGAAGAUGGCGGACGCCAAGCAGAAAAGGAAUGAACAGUUAAAGCGAUGGCUGGGCUCGGAGACGGACCAGGAGCCUCCUGUUCUGAAAAAGAAGAAGACGAAGGUGAAGUUCGAUGAUGGCGCCGUGUUUCUGGCCGCCUGCUCAAGCGGUGAUACCGAGGAGGUGCUCCGUCUGCUUGACCGAGGCGCUGACAUCAACUACGCCAAUGUAGACGGUCUUACUGCGCUUCACCAGGCUUGCAUAGAUGACAACAUUGACAUGGUGACAUUCCUGGUGGAACACGGAGCCAGCGUCAACCAGCCCGACAACGAGGGCUGGAUCCCCCUCCAUGCUGCAGCUUCCUGUGGAUACCUCGACAUAGCAGAGUAUCUGAUCAGCCAAGGUGCUAAUGUUGGAGUUGUGAACAGUGAGGGGGAGACGCCUCUGGACAUCGCUGAGGAGGAGCCAAUGGAGGAACUUCUACAAAACGAGAUUAACCGACAAGGGUUGGACAUAGAGGCAGCCCGAAAAGAGGAGGAGCGCAUCAUGCUGAGAGAUGCUCGGCAAUGGCUGAACAGCGGCCAGAUUCAAGACACCCGGCACGCCAAGUCGGGAGGAACGGCGCUCCAUGUAGCCGCCGCCAAAGGAUACGUGGAGGUUUUAAAGCUUUUAAUCCAAGCAGGUUAUGACAUAAAUAUUAAGGACUAUGAUGGCUGGACGCCUCUCCACGCAGCGGCGCACUGGGGCAAAGAGGAGGCGUGUAGAAUACUCGUGGAGAAUCUGUGCAACAUGGAGCUCGUUAAUAAAAUGGGCCAGACUGCUUUUGAUGUAGCUGAUGAAGAUGUUCUGGGAUAUUUAGAAGAGCUACAAAAGAAACAAAACCUGCUGAUGAGGGAGAAGAAGGACGCGAAGAAGUCUCCUUUGAUUGAGGUGACAACCACAGGAGACAACAACCAAUCACUGAAACCACUCAAAAGCAAAGAAACGCUGCUUCUGGAGCCUGAAAAGACCGCGCCGCGCAUCGAGACCUUAGAACCGGAGAAGGUGGACGAAGAGGAAGAGGGGAAGAAGGACGAAUCGAGCUGCUCGAGUGAGGAGGAGGAGGAGGAAGAUUCAGAGUCUGAAACUGAAGCAGACAAGAGCAAGCCUCCGGCAGCGGUGACCAGCAGCACGACGACGACAACGACCCCGGCCGCCGUCAGCACGUCGUCUCCGACGAGUCCAGCAAAUCAGGUGACGACGCCCACUUCACCAGUUAAGAAGGUCGUUCAGCCUGCCGGAAAGGUCUCAACCAAAGUGGAGGAGGACAGGAAGGACGAGUCUCCGGCUUCGUGGCGUCUGGGUUUGAGGAAGACGGGCAGCUACGGCGCGCUCUCUGAGAUCACAGCCACAAAGGAAGCUCAGAGGGAAAAGGACACUACAGGCGUGAUGCGUUCAGCCUCCAGCCCUCGCCUCACCUCAUCCCUGGACAACAAAGAAAAAGAAAAGGAGAAAGACAAAGGAACCCGGCUUGCGUACGUGGCCCCGACCAUCCCCAGGAGACUUGCCAGUACUUCAGACAUCGACGAGAAGGAAAACAGGGACUCCACAGCUCUGAUACGUAGCGGCUCUUACACCCGGCGACGCUGGGACGACGACCUGAAGAACAGCGAAGGAAGCUCCUCCACCAACCGGACCUCCAGCUACCAGCGCAGCACGUCCCAUACGCUAGCGCUGGGGCGGAGCGGCAGCACGCGGGACGUGCCAGCCAAGUCUUCGUCAACCUCCAGCUUGGAUCCUAACACCUGUAAUACUAAACCCUGGCAGCCACCCUCCUCCCACUACCCGUCCUACAGCAUUUACCGCAGCGGCUCUUUCGGCAGAAGACACGAGGACCUGAGCUCCUCCACCACCUCCUCCACAACCACCACCACCUCCUCGUCUGUUACCUCGCCCACUGGCCACCGCGGCCUCCUCUCCAGCCUGGGGUCCUCUUCCACCCGAACCGGCUCCACCAGUCUAACCAGCAGGUACUGGUCAGAGGAGAGUGCAGAGAGGGAAAAGGAGAAGGAAAAGGAUUCAGCUGCUGUUAUCCCCACUAUAAACACUGGCUCUACCACAACCACCACGUCUACCACUACCACCACCGCCAUAUCCACCACUACCGCCCUCACUGGCAUCGGCACCGGCCCGGAACGACGCAGGUCGUACCUGACACCAGUGCGAGACGAGGAGUCGGAGUCUCAGAGGAAAGCUCGAUCCAGACAGGCCCGGCAGUCGAGGCGCUCCACACAGGGUGUGACUCUAACUGACCUACAAGAGGCUGAAAAAACUAUUGGCAGGACUCGUCCCCAAAAGACCCGCGAAGAGGAGAAGGAGGAGAAGGAGAAGCAAGACAAGGAGAAGCAGCAGGAGGAGAAGAAGGAGACGGAGACCAAGGAGGAUGAUUACCGAUCGAAGUACCGGAGCUUUGAAGAGCGUUAUCGACCUUCGUCCUCCUCCUCUUCCAUUUCCACCGUCAGCACUGCCUCCACUGCUCCCUACUCCAGCUCUUCGUUGUCCUCCGGGUCCAGCGCCCUCAACCGGCCCAACAGCCUGACGGGGAUCACCUCAUCUUACAGCAGGUCCUCUCGAGACACAGAAAAAGAAUCAGACAGGAAGGACGAGGAGAAGGAAGGGGAGGACAAGUCUCAGCCCCGCUCCAUACGGGAUCGCAGGCGGCCCCGGGAGAAAAGACGUUCCACUGGGGUCUCCUUCUGGACUCAAGAUGGUGGAGAUGAUGACCCUGAGCAGCAGUCGGACUCGGAGGAGGGCAGCACCAGGGGAGAGCCACAGAGUGACAGAUUGUCCAGAAAUGAGAGCAGUUCAUAUUUGGAUCGCAACGAUGCUCUUUUUAGCUGUAGUUAUGGUGAGAGUCGAAGGCCGUACUCCAGCCGACUGGAUAGAGACGACGCCACCGACUACAAAAAGCUCUAUGAGCAGAUCUUAGCUGAGAACGAGAAGCUGAAGGCCCAGUUACGCGACACUGACCUGGAGCUGGCAGACUUGAAGUUACAGUUAGAGAAAGCUACACAGAGGCAGGAACGCUACGCUGACCGAUCCCAGCUUGAGAUGGAGAAAAGGGAAAGAAGAGCUCUAGAAAGGAAGAUUUCUGAGAUGGAGGAGGAACUCAAGAACCUCCCCCAGAUGCUCCCAGACUUGAAAGCAGACAACCAGAGACUAAAGGACGAGAACGGAGCGCUCAUUCGAGUCAUUAGCAAGCUUUCCAAGUAGAAACCGACCCCCCACCCCCGCCCUGCCCUGCCCCGCCCGGUCUUCUGCACCCGCUAGUCCCCCAUGGCAGCGACUAAUGGAAUUGCACAUUUAGAUAUUAAUUGCAACAGACAUCAGAGACGAGACUCCUUUUGCUUUCAGUUCCUCCCGGCUCUCCUUUUGCUCCUUCUUCACCACCACCGCUGCAGCAUCCAUCCAUCUGUUCAUCCAUCCAUCCGUUCGUCCAUCCUCCUCGGCUGUGGUUCUCUUGAUUGGUGUGGCUGCUGCUCUGACAGAAGUGCUGAGUUUACAGAGCAUAAAGGAAGGAAGGGUUGUGUGAGAGCGAUGUGGGCGGGGAAGCCUGAAAACUAUUUAACCAAUAAGCCUUAGUUGUACAUAAAAA